UGCUGCAGAAGGACAACUCCAAUGCGACGGGAGAGAUAAGACCGGAGCAGACUGCACGGAAAGUGUGCUCACUGACGAAGUUUGGUUUCAACGAAAAGUUCUUCUUCUUUACUAGUUGUUCACAUGACACGUGGGGAUAAGAAGUGCGUGGUAACACAGUAGAUUUGGACAAGACCUGAAACAAGUAGCCUCGUUAAAUAAAGCGAGCGCGUCUGCUUGCGAAACACUUGUGGCUUUUUGGUUUGCAAUUGGGAAGCGGUGUGUAUACCAACAACCCAUGGAGCAGGAAACCUUGGAAACCUUGGAGAUUAUUGAGAGAGGAGAGAGGUCUGUCAGCAGGGGUACUGAGGCCACGCCCCCAUAUGGCUAUCAGCUGGACCUGGACUUCCUGAAGUAUGUGGAUGACAUACAGCGUGGCAACACCAUCAAGAGGCUGAACAUCCAGCGGAAGUCCAGGCCUGUCCGGCCGACGGCGGAGGCCGUGCCCAGGGAGGGCCAGGCUGAAUGGACCUCCACAGGCUCCCUACCCUCCUCCAGUGAAGAGGCACAGCAGAGUCCCCUCUUCUACCCCUCCCCCCAGCCUCACCCUCCCCCCACCCUGAUUUACCACGCCCAUGCCCCUCUCCCUUCCUGUGAGACUCCCCCUCCCCUUCCUCCCCUACCCCCCGAGGGCUACCUGAGCGUCUCCGCCGAAGCCCCCCAACGGCCCCUUCUCCCGCCCCCCUCUCUGUGGGAUCCUCCCCUCCUCAACCCCCAGGUUGAGAAGACCCUGAUGGAGACGAGGAGGAGGUUAGAACAAGAGCGCCACCUCAUGCAGCCCCCCUCCCCCUCCGAACCCCCUGGCCCUGCUCCUCGCCACCGCCUGGCCUCCUUCGGAGGGAUGGGGGGGUCCAGCACCUCCCUGUUCUCCCCUGCUUCCCAACGGGGUGGAGGUAGUGGAGAGUACAACCCCUACUACACUUCCAUGGGUUCCUCUAUGCACCACAGCCCCAUGUCCUCGGGCAUGACCACGCCGGCCACCAACGUCUCUCCGCUCCACCUGCAGCACAUCCGGGAGCAGAUGGUGGUGGCACUGCGGAGGCUGAAGGAGCUAGAGGAGAAGGUGAGGACCAUACCUGUCCUGCAGGUGAAGAUAGCCGUGCUGCAGGAGGAGAAGAGACAGAUGACCUGUCAGAAGAACCAAAGGCUGGGGGUGGGGGGCAUAGUGGGGGGGGGGUUCAGGAAGAGGUCCUAUAGCGUGGGCAGUGCUGACCAGUUGGCCGACCAGCUGGACCCCCAGACACAUACCCUACAGACCCAGGAGCUGCACAUCAUGGAGCCAGAGGGCCAGGAGUGUCAGAGUACCAAGGGGAUGGAGGAGUUCAGGAGGCUGGCUGCAGAGGUCCAAGCCCUGGGGGCAAACAGCCAGGAUCAAGGGUCUCACCAGGCCAGGCGGACCCAGACCUCCCUUCCUCUCACCCACAAUAACAACAACCAGCUCACCUCCACGGCGGUCGGCCCAGAUGAGAACAUGAACGACUCCACGGCGGUCGCCCAGAGGAAGUCGCCGGUGAUGACGAUGGUACAACAACGACGCUUCUACUGUGACGUCGGAAUGGCGACGGAGCAGCGUGAGACUCGCAGUGCUGGGACGGGCGUGACAGAAGCCAUGUUGGGCCUGACCAGCGAGGUGGAGGCAGAGCUAGACUCGCAGCAGCAGACCAUCGAGGCCCUGAAGGAGAAGAUCUACCGGCUAGAGGUGGACCUGAGAGAGACCACCCACCUGAUGGAGAUGUCCAAGCUGAAGCUAGAGCUGCAGGCCGCUGGGGGAGCCAAUAAGAAGAGGGCUGAUAAAGGCUGCCAGACGCGGCCAGACACCUACAGCAUGGCCUGCCAGGCGCGGCCAGACACCCAGAGCACUGGCUCAGAGACCUGGAGAGUCCAGACACACAGCCAGGGAGUGGGGAACCAUCUAGAGACCAGCCAUGCCUCCACAGGGGAGACCCUCCACACUGUAGGGGUAGGGGUGUCCUGUCAACCCAUCCUGAGACACACUGCUUCGGGUCCUGACCUGCCCAUGGAGAGGUGGCUGGUGCAGGAGAGGGUAGAAGUGCAGGACCAGUGUGUGGGGAGGCAGUUGGAGGUGUGUGACCAGGGGGUGGGGGUGGAGGUGGGGCUGUGUGACCAGGGAAUGAACACUGAUGAGGAAGUCAACAGUCUAGAGCUGUGUCAGGCCCAGGAGAUCGAGGCCAGGGAGAGGGAGAGCAGGUCGGUGGGCGUUGGGGAGUGUUCUAGAGACGUCACUGUCUCUCCCAUCAGACAGCUGGUUACCACGGGGACUAACCCUGUCCUGGGCACCACCACGGACUCUGCUGUCAUGGUAACCCCAGACACAGCCUCCCAACACACCAGCACCCUACUGGAGACCGCUAGCCAACACACCAACACAGAGACAGUGGUGCUAGCUGAUGGCUGUACCAACACCCCCCUGCUUCACACGGCUGAGAAACACACCAGCACGCUAGCCAAUCACACAAGGACUGUCGCUGUGGGCGAGGGGCUGAUCAAAGACCCACAGACCAAAACCAGGUCUGUUGCCGUGGGAAACACAGCGGAGCGCGACGGUGGUCCAGAGGAGGCAUGGUCGGCCCAGACCAAAGAGGUGGGCGUCGGCCUGGUCGGCAUCCACACUAACUUCCUGGUCGGCCUGAAGACUCGGAACAUUGCAUGUGGCCCCUCCCACCUGGAUGGAACCGCUGUUACCCAGGAGACCAUUGCAGUGACUACUGUUGUACCACCUCAGGCCCAGGCCAUACCACCGCCCCAGCAGGUGGAGGGGGGGGCAGGACUAGACCACUACAUAGAGAGGCUUCAGAAGCUACUUCAGGAACAACAGAUGCUGUUGACUGAGAACUACAGUGAGCUAGCGGAUGCUUUCGGACAGCCCUGCUCUUCUCAGUUCACCCACUUUGGUUCUAUCAACAGCCAGCUGGUCAACACUCUGACUUCUAUCAGCUCUGUCAUGAAGCAUGGUAGUGCUGAGGAUCUGAGAACACAGCGAGAGAGCAGCAGCACCACGACAGAUCGGGGUCAGCUGAAGGUGUCCAGUGAAGUCAUGCAGAGUUCAGAGGUUAGCCAGACGGAGGUAGUGUCACAUGACCCCAGGUCCCCGCCCAGCCCGGCCACGGUGAAGCACCGCAUGGACCAGCAGAUGUCCAGCGCCUUGAACGGUCGUAAGAGCGCCCUGAAGUCUAUCAUGAAGAAGAAAGAUGGCCGCCAGGGUUCUUUGGGAACCAAGAAGAACCUACAGUUUGUAGGAGUCAAUGGAGGGUACGAGACAACGUCGAGUGAUGAAUCAGAGGACAGCAGCUCCUCUGAUACAGAAGAGGAGGAGGAGGAAGAGGAGGAGGAGGGGAAUGUGUUCGGAAGAGGAGAGGAAGCUGAAGAGACGAACACAGAGGAAUUCCAGAACGAGGUGGAAGCGGGAACGAGUGAAGAGGAGGGAGGAGGAGACAAGCUAGAGAUGAGAGAGAGGUUUGAGUUGAGUGAGAAGAUGUUGGCUGCCUGUAACGUGUUGAAGAACCACCUGGAUGAUGGCAAGGCCUUAACCAGUAAAGAUGUGAGAGCCUGUGUGAACACAGUUCAGAGCGAGUGGUUCUGGGUGUCCAGUCAGAAGACGGUGGUUCCCGGCAUAGUGGAGGACUAUUUGACAGCGUUCCGUGACAUCUCGCCGGCCAUGCUGCGUCACAUUGUCAACAUGGCGGACGGUAACGGGAACACAGCGCUCCACUACAGCGUGUCACACUCCAACUUCCACAUCGUCAAGACGCUGCUCAACGCAAAUGUGUGUAACGUGAACCAGCAGAAUAAGGCUGGCUAUACUCCCAUCAUGCUGUCUGUGCUGGCGGCUGUGGAGGCUCCUAAAGACAUGGCCAUCGUAGAGUACCUCUUCAGCAAGGGAGACGUCAACGCUAAGGCCAGCCAGGCUGGCCAGACAGGGCUGAUGCUGGCGGUCAGUCAUGGCAGGAUGGACAUGGUUCGGGCGCUGCUGGCCCAGGGGGCAGAGGUCAAUGUCCAGGAUGAUGAGGGUUCUACAGCCCUGAUGUGUGCCAGCGAACAUGGCCACGCUGAGAUAGUCAAACUACUGCUGGCCCAGCCGGGCUGCGACGCCACUCUCAGCGACAGUGAUGAGAGCAAUGCCCUGUCUAUCGCUCUGGAAGCGGGUCACAAGGACAUAGCAGUGUUGUUGUACGCCCACGUAAACUUCUCUAAGGCCCAGUCACCGGGAACCCCUCGUCUGAGCAGGAAGAUGUCCCCCAGUCCCACCAGGAGGGGCAUGUUUGACUAGCGCCACCGCCCAUUGGUCAAGUCUCAUGACACCAACCAACCAACCGCUGAGGAUUUCAACCCCCAGGGACAGACUUUGGCCCCACCCCCUGACAACCUGAUUGGACCAUGUGGGAUUAUUGACAAUGCAGUUCAACCAGAAAGGUUCCAUGGGUUUAUUGACCAUGCGGUACAACCAGAAAGUUUCCCUGGGUUUAUUGACCAUGGACCACGGUCCAACCAGAAAGGUUCCCUGGGUUUAUUGCCCAUGUGGUCCAACCAGAAAGGUUCCUGGGUUUAUUGACCAUGUGGUCCAACCAGAAAGGUUCCCUGGGUUUAUUGACCAUGUGGUCCAACCAGAAAGGUUCCCUGGGUUUAUUGACCAUGUGGUCCAACCAGAAAGGUUCCCUGGGUUUAUUGACCAUGUGGUACAACCAGAAAGGUUCCCUGGGUUUAAAGACCAUACGGUACAACCAGAAAGGUUCCCUGGGUUUAAAGACCAUGAUGAAAGAUGAAACGUAUGAGCUGGUAAGAUGAGCUGGUAUUGGUCAGUCUUGUAAUAAGAUGAGCUGGUAUUGGUCAGUCUUGUAGUAAGAUGAGCUGGUAUUGGUUAGUCUUGUAAUAAGAUGAGCUGGUAUUGGUCAGUCUUGUAAUAAGAUGAGCUGGUAUUGGUCAGUCUUGUAGUAAGAUGAGCUGGUAUUGGUCAGUCUUGUAAUAAGAUGAGCUGGUAUUGGUCAGUCUUGUAGUAAGAUGAGCUGGUAUUGGUCAGUCUUGUAGUAAGAUGAGCUGGUAUUGGUCAGUCUUGUAAUAAGAUGAGCUGGUAUUGGUCAGUCUUGUAGUAAGAUGAGCUGGUAUUGGUCAGUCUUCUACAUGAACAUCCCAAAGUGUCCUUGUUAAACCACCACCAGCAUUCUGUCUGCUCUGAGUGGAUAGAGAGGAGGAGAAAGAGAAGGAGGAGGGAGUGGAGAAAGAGAAGGAGAGAGAGAGAGAGAGGAGGAGGGAAAGAAGGAGUGGGAGAGGAGAGAGUGCGAAGGAGGAGGAGAGAGAGAGGAGAGAGAGAGGAGGAGGGAAAGAAGGAGUGGGAGAGGAGAGAGUGCGAAGGAGGAAGAGAGAGAGAAGGAGGAGAGAGAGAAGGAGGAGAGGGAGAGAAGGAGAGGAGAAAGAGAAGGAGGAGGGAGAGGAGAAAGAGAAGGAGAGAGAGAGGAGGAGGGAAAGAAGGAGUGGGAGAGGAGAGAGUGCGAAGGAGGAGGAGAGAGAGGCCAUACUACUUGAGGAACUGGACUUCAUAAGAACCCAGAAACACAAAUACUGUAUUCUAGAUAUGGGCUGCAAUAGACAAGCAUCCUGUCUAGGCAGUGAAUGUGUACAUCAAGAGCUGCAGAGUACGCGCAACCAAGAGGUUCCCCAGUAAACAUCCAGUGCUGCGGUACCCCAUAAUUGCUAACUAGCUAGGUAGUUGGCUAGCGAGCACAAAAUGACAAGUUCGCAUUUCUUGAUCCACCAAAAAACUGAAAAAAAACAACUUACUGACCUAUUGACUUGCUACCAGAUCCACUAAACACAAUCAUGAGACAAUGUUUAUAUCUACUUUAUUAUCCGUUUGCUCUGGUGGUGUUGCAUUAGACUAGCACAGUAAAUAACCACAGAGCUGGCGUGAUGUGAGGGUAGAGAAAGAUCAGCUGAACUUGUUAGCCAGCCAGAGCUAGCGUGAUGUGAGGGUAGAGAAAGAUCAGUUGACCUUGUUAGCCAGCCAGAGCUAGCGUGAUGUGAGGGUAGAGAAAGAUCAGCUGAACUUGUUAGCCAGCCAGAGCUAGCGUGAUGUGAGGGUAGAGAAAGAUCAGUUGACCUUGUUAGCCAGCCAGAGCUAGCGUGAUGUGAGGGUAGAGAAAGAUCAGCUGACCUUGUGAGCCAGCCAGAGCUAGCGUGAUGUGAGGGUAGAGAAAGAUCAGCUGACCUUGUUAGCCAGCCAGAGCUAGCAUGAUGUGAGGGUAGAGAAAGAUCAGCUGACCUUGUUAGCCAGCCAGAGCUAGCAUGAUGUGAGGGUAGAGAAAGAUCAGCUGACCUUGUUAGCCAGCCAGAGCUAGCGUGAUGUGAGGGUAGAGAAAGAUCAGUUGACCUUGUUAGCCAGCCAGAGCUAGCGUGAUGUGAGGGUAGAGAAAGAUCAGCUGACCUUGUUAGCCAGCUGGAUUCAUUUCUCUCACAACAGCCAACAAUAUAACUAAACUAAAUGUAGUUAGUAUCCAAUGUUUGACGGACUCAUUGUUUACAACAAAGUUAGCUAGCAGUUUAAAAAUGACCCCACCAUCAACCUUUCUCCCCCCCCUCACUAAUCUGUCACUCAGCUCAUUGACUUUUCCUCCAAAACACAUCUAUAUUUUACCCAGGUCUUUUGCCCACUUAGUUUCAAUAAAGAAAUAUAGUGUAGUUGAAAUGAACCGCUAGCUUGUGCUAUUCAUAUAUUAUUAACCUCACGUUACGAGACAUACUAGUGGUUUGGUUUACAGUAAAGCUAGACUAUACAAAUGCUAGUGCUGACACCUUGUGGUGAUAAUGUUGAACUGCAUAUUAAUUAUAUCAGGAUGGUAUAAAACAUGAAGCGAACUCAUUUCAAAAUCAUUUCAAGCAACAUAUUUAGCAACAUCUUUUUAGAUUAAAUCAAAUUAACCUUAAAAUAUUCCUUUCUGCACACCUUGAUAGUGAUAUGUGAUAAUGUCUCCCCUGAGCCUGUCAACCUCAUGGCCCACCUUCAUAAUGUCUCUCCUCUGAUUCUGUCAACCUCAUGGCCCACCUUCAUAAUGUCUCUCCUCUGAGCCUGUCAACCUCUACAUGGUUAGCCUCAUUAUGAGUCUAAUCUGGUCUCCUUCAACAUGGUUAGCCUCAUUAUGAGUCUAAUCUGGUCUCCUUCAACAUGGUUAACCUCAUUAUGAGUCUAAUCUGGUCUCCUUCAACAUGGUUAACCUCAUGAGUCUAAUCUGGUCUCCUUCAACAUGGUUAGCCUCAUUAUGAGUCUAAUCUGGUCUCCUUCAACAUGGUUAACCUCAUGAGUCUAAUCUGGUCUCAUUCAACAUGGUUAACCUCAUUAUGAGUCUAAUCUGGUCUCCUUCAACAUGGUUAACCUCAUGAGUCUAAUCUGGUCUUCUUCAACAUGGUUAACCUCAUUUUGAGUCUAAUCUGGUCUCCUUCAAAAUGGUUAACCUCAUUAUGAGUCUAAUCUGGUCUCCUUCAACAUGGUUAACCUCAUUAUGAGUCUAAUCUGGUCUCCUUCAACAUGGUUAGCCUCAUUAUGAGUCUAAUCUGGGCUCCUUCAACAUGGUUAACCUCAUUACGAGUCUAAUCUGGUCUUCUUCAACAUGGUUAGCCUCAUUAUGAGUCUAAUCUGGUCUCCUUCAACAUGGUUAACCUCAUUAUGAGUCUAAUCUGGUCUCCUUCAACAUGGUUAACCUCAUGAGUCUAAUCUGGUCUCCUUCAACAUGGUUAACCUCAUUAUGAGUCUAAUCUGGUCUCCUUCAACAUGGUUAACCUCAUUAUGAGUCUAAUCUGGUCUCCUUCAACAUGGUUAACCUCGUUAUGAGUCUAAUCUGGUCUCCUUCAACAUGGUUAACCUCGUUAUGAGUCUAAUCUGGUCUUCUUCAACAUGGUUAGCCUCAUUAUGAGUCUAAUCUGGUCUCCUUCAACAUGGUUAACCUCAUGAGUCUAAUCUGGUCUCCUUCAACAUGGUUAGCCUCAUUAUGUGUCUAAUCUGGUCUCCUUCAACAUGGUUAACCUCAUUAUGAGUCUAAUCUGGUCUCCUUCAACAUGGUUAACCUCAUUAUGUGUCUAAUCUGGUCUCCUUCAACAUGGUUAACCUCGUUAUGUGGGUAGUGGGUUAAGACAUCCAUCUUACUCCAACACAAGAGAUGAUUGAUUAGUAAAAUGAAUCGUGUCUAAUAGAUAUAAUCAGCAAGGGCUGGAACAGAAACCUGAUCAGCCAGUAGGUCUCUAGCAGCAAGGUUGGCCAUGCAUGUUCUAGAUCUAUGUAUUGUUACUCUAACAGUGUUGUUGUAAUCCUACAACCAAUUCUAACUGUAAACCAAUAGCAUAUCACCCAUUGGAAAUAUAGCCUUUAGUCUCUUCAGGGACUUUCAGUGGGACCUUCAUCCGCAGACAGGAUUUAGCAGCUUUCACACGUCUCUGUAUCUGAAAUUAAGAAACAUAGACAUUACACCAGGACUUGCUUCAUUAGAAACAUAGAAAUUACACCAGGACUUGCUUCAUUAGAAACAUAUAAAUUACACCAGGACUUGCUUCAUUAGAAACAUAUAAAUUACACCAGGACUUGCUUCAUUAGAAACAUAGAAAUUACACCAGGACUUGCUUCAUUAGAAACAUAGAAAUUACACCAGGACUUGCUUCAUUAGAAACAUAGAAAUUACACCAGGACUUGCUUCAUUAGAAACAUAGAAAUUACACCAGGACUUGCUUCAUUAGAAACAUAGAAAUUACACCAGGACUUGCUUCAUUAGAAACAUAGAAAUUACACCAGGACUUGCUUAAUUAUUCUCAAGUGAUAUAACGUUUGAUAUUAAAUUGUCUAUUGUCAUAGUUUUCUCUUCGGGACUGGAAAUAUGUUCAAAUAGCUAGUUAGCUAAGCUACUAGCUAGGUAGCUAACUUGUUGUUUUUAGCAUAUCAUGCUACCGUUUGUGUCAUUAAAAAAACUAAUAUUGGAUGGCUGUCUCUCCUAUUUAUAUGUAGCUAGCUAAGCUACCUGACAUGUACUAGAAUAGAUGGUUAACUUGAUAAACAGCUUGCCCGUGUGCUACACAUCAUCCUGGCGCCGCCACCGCCUGCUGCUGCUAACGUUACCAUCCAUGCAGGCAAUGCAGCUCACUGCCAUGCUUCUUUGGGAAAUCUAGCUAGCUAAUCUAGCUAUAAACUUACAUUUUCCCAGGAUGUAAGGACCAUCCCACCGAUGACUACGAUGGUCAAAAAUGCUAAUGCUAAAAUGCUAAUGCUAAAAUGCUAAUGCUAAAAUGCUAAUGCUAAAAUGCUAAUGCUAAAAUGCUAAUUCUGACCUCAAGAAAACAACUACACUAAGUUAACGCGCUAGCUGUUUACAGCCGCCACGGAACAGCUGUUUUUUUUUUUUUUUACAAACUCACCGGAAGUUCUUUGGGGUUCCACGGUUCACUUGCGCUCCUCUUAAAAGGGUCUAUUGGUUCCAGCAGUAUACAGACACUAUAAGACUAGAUACAGUCUGUUGAUAUUCAUGCUCCUGGGCAGAUUAACAUACAGCUCAUAGUUGUGAUGAAGGCUAAAGAGCAUAAAGCGAUGUUAUUAUUAAUCAUCACCAUAUUGUUUAUCAUCAUCAUCAUCAUCAUCAUCACCCCAGGAGGCAGUUGGUAUAUUCGAUUCUAUGUCACCCACAAUACAGCCUUUCAUUUAGACUAAAUGUUUGUACAUAUUAUAUCAUAUUAUAUUGUCAUAUUGUUUUCUUCACCUGCCUGCCGCCUUUAAUGGGCCUGUAUGUACACACACCUUUAAUGGGCCUGUAUGUACACACACCUUUAAUGGGCCUGUAUGUACACACACCUUUAUUGGGCCUGUAUGUACACACACCUUUAAUGGGCCUGUAUGUACACACACCUUUAAUGGGCCUGUAUGUACACACACCUUUAAUGGGCCUGUAUGUACACACACCUUUAAUGGGCCUGUAUGUACACACACCUUUAAUGGGCCUGUAUGUACACACACCUUUAAUGGGCCUGUAUGUACACACACCUUUAAUGGGCCUGUAUGUACACACACCUUUAAUGGGCCUGUAUGUACACACACCUUUAAUGGGCCUGUAUGUGUACUCUACCACCUUUAAUGGGCCUGUAUGUGUACUCUACCACCUUUAAUGGGCCUGUAUGUACACACACCUUUAAUGGGCCUGUAUGUACACACACCUUUAAUGGGCCUGUAUGUACACACACCUUUAAUGGGCCUGUAUGUGUACUCUACCACCUUUAAUGGGCCUGUAUGUGUACUCUACCACCUUUAAUGGGCCUGUAUGUGUUCUCUACCACCUUUAAUGGGCCUGUAUGUGUACUCUACCACCUUUAAUGGGCCUGUAUGUGUACUCUACCACCUUUAAUGGGCCUGUAUGUGUACUCUACCACCUUUAAUGGGCCUGUAUGUGUACUCUACCACCUUUAAUGGGCCUGUAUGUGUACUCUACCACCUUUAAUGGGCCUGUAUGUGUACUCUACCACCUUUAAUGGGCCUGUAUGUGUACUCUACCACCUUUAAUGGGCCUGUAUGUGUACUCUACCACCUUUAAUGUGCCUGUAUGUGUACUCUACCACCUUUAAUGGGCCUGUAUGUGUACUCUACCACCUUUAAUGGGCCUGUAUGUGUUCUCUACCACCUUUAAUGGGCCUGUAUGUGUACUCUACCACCUUUAAUGGGCCUGUAUGUGUACUCUACCACCUUUAAUGGGCCUGUAUGUGUACUCUACCACCUUUAAUGGGCCUGUAUGUGUACUCUACCACCUUUAAUGGGCCUGUAUGUGUACUCUACCACCUUUAAUGGGCCUGUAUGUGUACUCUACCACCUUUAAUGGGCCUGUAUGUGUACUCUACCACCUUUAAUGGGCCUGUAUGUGUACUCUACCACCUUUAAUGGGCCUGUAUGUGUACUCUACCACCUUUAAUGUGCCUGUAUGUGUACUCUACCACCUUUAAUGUGCCUGUAUGUGUACUCUACCACCUUUAAUGGGCCUGUAUGUGUACUCUACCACCUUUAAUGGGCCUGUAUGUGUUCUCUACCACCUUUAAUGGGCCUGUAUGUGUACUCUACCACCUUUAAUGGGCCUGUAUGUGUACUCUACCACCUUUAAUGGGCCUGUAUGUGUACUCUACCACCUUUAAUGGGCCUGUAUGUGUACUCUACCACCUUUAAUGGGCCUGUAUGUGUACUCUACCACCUUUAAUGGGCCUGUAUGUGUACUCUACCACCUUUAAUGGGCCUGUAUGUGUUCUCUACCACCUUUAAUGGGCCUGUAUGUGUACUCUACCACCUUUAAUGGGCCUGUAUGUGUACUCUACCACCUUUAAUGGGCCUGUAUGUGUACUCUACCACCUUUAAUGGGCCUGUAUGUGUACUCUACCACCUUUAAUGGGCCUGUAUGUGUACACCGCACCUUCUCAAAUGGAUAAUUGUAACUCAAUCUUCUAUGGAUUGGAUAUAAAUUCUACUUUUAUACAAAUCUAUUUAAUUUGCAUGUAUUUAAAAAUCACAAUAUUUUGAAUAUUUCCUAUUACUUAACGUUACAUGAAGAUAUAUAUUUAUCGAGGUUUUUAAUGCAAAUUUCAUUGUUUUUCCUUGUAUGUACUGUAAAGUGUUGGAGCUGGUAAGUGUAUUGUCCUGUUGUAGUAAAACAUUGAGAAGCAGAGGAGGUACUUUGAUCUGGUUGAAGUUUAAAGUGCCUGCAACGUCUAGGCCAUAUAACAAUAAACUUAAUUCAAAUAA